AUGGACGCCGCUCGCAAAGGCGAAGCUGCGCUCAGCGCCAGCAAUUACGAAGAAGCGAUUCAGCACUUCACCGACGCUCUCAAAUCGAACCCGGCCGCCGUCAAGUACUACAUCAACCGCGCCACAGCUUACCAGCGCACACAAAAGUACCAAGAAGCACUUGUCGACGCCGAAAUCGCUGUUGUCCUCGCCCACAAACGCGCUACCCGUGAGCUCAUCAAAGACGCGCAAUUCCGCCGCGCCCAGCAGCUGUUCUUCCUCGAACGAUAUGCAGAUGCCGAGUACGUUCUGGAGAUUGUCAGGAAACUCGACGAGAAGGAGAAAACACUGCCGAUCUGGAGCAUGAAAGUUGCAAAGAAGCUGCAGGAUAUUCCAGAAGACGACGAGAGGAGAAAGGUCACUGUGAAGAAUGUCCCUGAUGUCGAAGUACCCAGCGCACCAAAGGAGACAGCCACGACUAAGAGGACCGAGACGCCCGCGGCAGCUCCUAAGCCGGUUGUGCCUACACCUGCGAACAAGAUUAAAGACGACUGGUACCAAAGCAAUGACACGGUGACGGUCAACAUUCUUGCAAAGGGCGCACCAAAAGACAAGGUCACCGUCGACUUCGAUAAAGAUUCUCUGUCAGUCUCCUUCCCUGUCGAAGAUUCGUCUGCAGAAUACAGCUUCAACGUCGACCCCCUCUACGCACCAAUCGACCCCACACAGUCCAAAUUCCGCGUCACACCGAACAAAAUUGAAAUUACUCUGAAGAAGGCAGUGCAGGGCGUAAAAUGGCACAAGCUGGAGGGCGACCGCACAGUGGAAGCGACCGAAAGCUCCAAGGACACCAUCCCUCACCACAUCCUCAGCGGCAAGCCAGCCCAAGACUCUGGCCCCGCAUACCCCACAUCAUCUAAAUCCGGCGUCAAGAACUGGGACAAGCUCGCCGCAGAAGACCUCGACGAUAAGGACGAGAUUGAGGGCGACGAAACUUCGCACUUCUUCAAGAAGCUCUAUAGUGGCGCCACAUCCGAGCAGCAGCGCGCCAUGAUGAAGAGCUAUCAAGAGAGCGGUGGCACAGUCCUCAGCACUGACUGGAAUAACGUUGGCAGCAAGACUGUCGUGCCCGAGCCACCUGAGGGUAUGGAGGCGCGAAAGUACUAG